AACUGCUACGGCCCCCGUAGUUUCCGCACCGUGCGUUCCUGGGUUCUGCGGAGUUCCGACUGUUCCCGCGCCUCGUUAUGGGCGUCCUGCAGGCCAUGUUGGGUGCCGCUGUGCUGCUGGUGCUGAUUACUGCGCUGCUUCUCUUAGUCAGGCGGAACAGCAUCUCGCGGACAGGUCCCCUCAGUCUCCUGGUGGUGGCCGGCUCCGGAGGACACACAACAGAAAUGCUGAGAUUACUCGGCAGUUUGUCCCUGUCAUACUCUCCUAGACAUUAUAUUUUUGCAGAUUCAGAUAAGAUGAGUGAAGAUAAAAUACGUUCUUUUGAACAAAACAGAGCUGAAACUUUCUCCAAUUUCCAGUUUACCCUUAAUCGCAUUCCCAGAUGUCGGGAGGUGCAGCAAUCUUGGAGCUCUUCAAUACUUACAACACUGUACUCUGUACUUUACUCCUUUCCUUUGACUUUCAGACUAAAGCCAGAUUUGGACUGCAGUCAAAACAAAAUAGUGUAAAACCUUGGAGCCUACAAGUCCACUCAGUUCAACUACUUCAAUCAAUCAAUAUUGUGCAACGGACCAGGAACAUGUGUCCCUAUUUGUAUAUCUGCCCUUCUCCUUGACAUACUGGCACUAAGGAAAGUUAUCAUUGUGUAUGUAGAGAGCAUCUGCCGAGUGGAAACGUUAUCCCUGGCUGGAAAAAUUCUUUACUACUUUUCAGAUUACUUCAUAGUUCAGUGGCCUGCUCUGAAGGAAAAAUAUCCCAAGUCUGUAUAUCUUGGUCGAAUAGUAUGACAACAAAAAGCAAACUUCAUUUAUAACGAAUUCACAUUUUUGCAGGUAGCACCUCUUAUUAGUUAAAGGGAUAUAUUUAUUUCCUCAGGGUUCUUGAUUUGAGAUUUACUCGUUGGUAUAAGCCAAAUGCAGAUGUCAAACAGCCAAGACUUGAAAGCAGACUAAUAAAAAGAUACAUUUUUUAUAAAAAGUUAUAUAAAACUUAUUUCUGCAUAUACACUUAUAGUCAUCAUGUGACUAUUCCAGCUUUCCUUCAUACUUGCAAGGAAAUAGCUUUGAAUCUUCUUGGUCUAGGUUUUCAGCUAAUUGUUUUGUAAAUAAAUAGAAAGAUUUGUCUAAAAAUCAGUAGAGGAGAUUGUUUGAAUUGUAACAUUUCCUAUAAGGAACUUUCUGUGGUACUGUAAGGGAUGAAAAACAUGAUCUAGUUCUAAUACAACAGAAUGUAUUUCUUGGAUGCAAGCAGCAAAGUCCCUAACAAAUCUUUGGAAUAUAAAGAAAACAGCUAUGUAAAGCUGAUGUUAUUACAAUUAGCACUCUACAGUCUUCCAAAACCCCAGAUAUUGAACUAGCAUAAUUUUCUUCUUGAUUUUGCAAAGCUGUUCUUGCUUCCCAAAACACACUUUCUAAAACGUCUUGUUUAAACUAAGAUAAAUAAGGUGACAAAUGUCAUGAGACAGAUGCAAUAUUUGUACACUCAAAGGAUACACACUACAAAAUGUUCACCAACAAAUCCUCACAGCUUUACAUCAUGGAGAAAACUGUCACUGUGGAGUAUUGAGUUAUUUUGGCCCAGUUUGUUGCCAUGUGUAUAAAGCCUAACAAUGGCAACAGGAAUGGGGAAAAUACCUCUUUUGCUUUGUAAAUUUGAUUUCUUUAUAUUUUAUUUUGUCUGUUUCAGAAAAUAAUCUCUUUAUUUCAGAAAUACAAUGCACAUUUAUUAAAGAAGGUUUUUUCAUAGGAAAUGGCACUUCAUCUUAGAUAAAAUGUAAAAAUUUAUUUUGCGGAAGAAUGAAGUAUGUGUAAGUGUACUUUAGUCUUUCAAGUUCAUCUGGCAAAAUGCAGUCCUAUACAAUGUUCCAUGCAUAAAGCAAUAUAAACACAUCUGUCAUCUGUAUAGACACACAUGCAUGUUUCUGGCUAGAGAAACACAUACUGAGAAGAAAGCUCAUAGAACAUUGGAAAUGCUUUAUAGAAUGUAUGAAUUGACUACAAGGAGACCAAGCAACAGAUCCUCAGGCACCCACAUGAGGAUAAAGUUUUGAGUCCUUUUCCAGUAUGCCAGAGGUCAAAAAGAGGGAGUUAUUUUGUUAACAGGAACAAGGAUGGAUUGAUUUCCUUUUUAGAAAUAAGGACAUGAAGGGACAUUCAGCCUUUUCCCUGGAAAAAUCGUAACCCAGUUCUCCAAGUCUUGUAUGAGGGGCCAGGGAUUGCAUUCCCAGAGCCGUUUUAAUCAUUCUUAGUUGGGGGAGGAAUAUCAUUGCAAAGAUUCCAUUAAUUUGGUCACAAAUGUGUUUCAGUUUGCAGGGUCUUACUGUGGGCAGGGACUACCACGAAAGUGGUGCUAAUGGAUUAGAGAUUUGUAUGAAGGCAUCUUUGUGCAGUUUGUAUGGAUCACUACUUAAGUCCUUGAAAACAAUGUGAGUUAUGCUGAUGUGUACAUUUUUUCCCCUUUCCUAACUGGAAUGAGGCCCAUGUUAUCAGGGCUUUCUGCACAGCUGUAGAUUGUUUGGUAAACAGAGAAAGACAGUUUUAUUAUGGCUAACCACUUUGUUUUAUAAAAGCAUCACCUAACCUAUUCUGAGGGCUGGAUGCCACUUUCCACUGCAGUAAUGCACUCGAGAUGCAGGAGGAGAGGGCAUAGGGACCCUCUUCUGUUGCUCCCUGUAAAAGCAACAGUGCAGGAUCUCUUCCUAAAGCAGUCUAGACUACAGGAUUUUUUAGGAAAAAAGUGGCCUUUUUUCG